AUGACACUCAAUACUUUUAAUGUUCAGACUCCUUAUAGAAUACCGAAUGACUUUCGAUUAUUUUCUAUGGAUUCACAAAUACUGCGGAAAACAUCCUCGAAGUUACCUGGUUUCAGAAAACACAAAAAGAGAAAAACGCAUUUGUUCACUUUUUCAUAUAGCUUUCACUUAGAAUGUGACAGUGUAUUCAAGCCAUCAUGCAAAUCUCAAGAUAUUCUCGUAUACCGACUAAUGAAUACAGACGGUGGGCGUUUUGAUUUUGACGACGGUGGGACGUAUAUUGGUAACUGGUAUCAAGGUUCAGCUCAUGGACUCGGUCUAGCUACAGGACCGAAUGGAGUUGGCGAAUAUUCUGGUGAAUGGAAUUUGGGCUUUGAAACGUGUGGAGUCUACUUAUGGCCAAAUGGUAAUAUGUACGCUGGCACAUGGAUCAAAGGCAAACGCCAUGGUGACGGUGUCCAAGUUAGAGGAAAAUGGAUUUAUCAAGGAGAAUUUAAUGCAGGUGCAUUUGGUCAAUAUGGUGUAAAAACCUCCAUUAACAGUCAGGCAAAAUAUGAAGGUAGCUGGAGUUUAAACAGAUUCGAGGGUUUUGGAAUCGAAACUUGUGCAGAUGGAAGUAUUUAUGCUGGAGCAUGGUCAAAAGGAUUUCGUCAUGGUCUUGGUGUUCGUAAAUCAUUUAUUAGUUAUAAAGCAAAUUCAUUCUCAGAUAAUUCAAUGGCCAAUCUUUCACCAACAAAAUGUAGCAAUGAAGAUGUGCUGUGCACUAGCAGUGUAGUUAGCUGUGGCCCUUGUAGUACCUUACCCGCUACAUCGAGUGACGAGAAUAAAAAGAUUCCCUCCACUAGUCAAUCUCCUGUAACGUCAGAGAAACGGCACAGUUCUACUGCUAAUUUACCGUCGAAUGAAACAACAUCAGUAAGUCGUAAAGCAGUAAUUGGUAGAGCAAUAAUGCGUCGAUUGAAAAAGCAACAUUCUGCUAUCGAGUUAGGUCGUUCAACAACAACUCAGCCUACCACUGUAAAUGGAACAGCGGUUUCUAGUACUCCCAAAACGUCACCUCCUAGAGUAAAGCAGCCACUGACACCAGGUGAAACACCACAGCAACAAAGUUCAGGUGGUUGUAUCAAUUCAUCCAGUGGUGAAAAGACUGACCAGCCUGAAGCUGAGAAGGAUAAAGUGAUUAGUGUUGUCGAAAUAUAUGCUGGUGAAUGGUUUCAAGAUCAACGAUCUGGGUAUGGCAUAGCUGAACGCUCCAACGGUUUUGUUUAUAUUGGUGAAUGGACUAGAAACCAAAAGCAUGGUUACGGAAUUAUAAUUAAUCCAAAUGGUACACGUGAUGAAGGACAAUUUCAAGCAAAUAAUUUAGUUAAUAAAGUAAACCGUAAGAGCAAAUUGCACUUGGUGCGUCAAACAAAACUAAAAGAAUGUGUAGAAGAUGCUCUGUUUCGGGCUGAAGCAGCAGCAAAACAGGCCAAACUAGUAGCUUCUGAAGAAGCAAGAGAAAGAGCGUUAAAAGCGCGUAAAUCCUCUGAAUUAGCAAUGUCUAUCAUACAGAAAGCUCUCCAUUUAUCUGACAAAGCAAGAGAGUUAGCUUUUCAACUUGAUCCACAGUUUCAUCAACCAGGGGUUGAAUGGAGAAAGAAAUGUCAAUUUGAAAUUAAUUCCACAGACGAUACAAACGAAUCCAAACCUUCAACACUGUGUUUAUCAAGUUUAAAUUUAAAUAUAUCAAGUGACACUUUCCCUGCAACCCAAGCGUGUUUCAUAAUAAGGAGGAAGUUUUUCCGCAAAUUUCUAUCACGUGACUCCACACCAAAUUCAGCCGACCCUCUGGAUGAGUCAUCUACUGAUGCAUUUGAACGAUUCGCUAAUUUCAACAAGCCAAGUAUCUAUCGACUUAUGAAACCGACUACUGAUGAUGUAGCUGUCGUCUCACCUCUGGUGACAUCUAGUGAACUAAUUCGUCCUUUCUCUGCACCGCAUAAAACAUUUAUGAAUGAGUUGAAAGUAGAAAGUUAUUCACCAAGUGACAGGACAAUUUCACCCCUGAAAGAGGUUUCUAAUGAAGACAUGGAACAGAAAGGCACACCAACUGAAAGAAACGUCGAUACAUUUAGCAAACAAAUGAGUUUAUCCGCUGGUGAUCUUGUUGGGCUGUGCAAAGCAUCUAUGGAGCCAUCCUUAAACAAUUUAGGUAGUUUGUCAUCUUACCGUCAAGAAGUAAAACAGUUAUCACCCUAUCUAAAGUCAACCAAUCCCUGUAGAAGUACUUCUGAAAGGCGUAUUCCCGUCUCCAUAAAUACUGAUGACGCAAAAAUCUCUUCUACUUACUUGACUGCUGUACCUGGCACUACUUCAUCAAAUUCUAUGGAAAGUGUUCCUAGGAAUGAUGCAUCAAAUGAAACAGUGGAUAUAGUUAAAAUUGAAAUUACUGACCAGCCAAGUAGUCAGCUGCAGCCAUCGAGUGCAAGACAAGAUGCAAAUGAAAGUCACUUUGUACGUAAAUGUCGAUCUUCACAAAUUGUACAGUCAAAAAGAAUUGGUGCAGGAUAUUUAAAAAAUACUCAGCAUCCUCCAAAGCUGGGUAUGAAUUCCACUCAAGAUUCGGGUUACCUCUCAAUGGAUCCAAGUGAAUCACGUUCAUUUUCAAUGCAAACUCUUAACAGAUCUAUGUCAUGUCAAGCACCUGAUGCAAUUGUCGAAUCAGAUGACACUGAUGAACACCAAAUGUUAUCGAAAAAUAUUCGUCCAAAAGUUGAACCUACAAACCUACCUGUUAAUAUACCUGGAUAUAAACUGUCUGUACAGACAAUGCCUAUAUUUGACCCCACAAAAUUUAACAGGUUAACACCAGUGAAGUCACCUUAUGAAUCAUCAACGUUUUCACUAUCUCUAUCUCCAAAAGCAAAAAAACUUAAAGUACAAACUGAAGAAAUUCCGUUUAAACCAGUGGCAAGAAGACAAGUGAUAACUGCUAGACGGAAGUUUUCAAAUAGCCCUAGGAAAUGUUACAAAUCGGAUGGUUCUCUCCUGCACGGAGUUUCUCAAAGACCAGAGUCUUAUUCAAGUCAAAGAUAUUGGGUACCAGACGACGCAUCACUUUAUCCAACUGAACAUUAUGAGCAUUAUGCAGGACAGUAUUCAUCCCCAUCGAGAAAUACUAAAUUCUUCCAUCCAUACAUAGCUGACACUGGUGGAGGUGUCUUUGCCGGUGGUAGUGCUCAGGAUGUUGAAAGCGUCAGUGAAAAAUCAGAAUUCAGUUCAGCAACUGUCCGAUCCGCUCCACAUUUUCAGACUAUGCAUACAGAUUUUCAGUUGAAUGAAUUAGGUCGGUUAAAAUCAAGAGAAUGGCCUAUGGAUAUGCGGAAAGCUUAUUGUACACAACAAAGUAAAUUAGGUCACUGGGACUACUCAGCUCCGUAUGAUUGUAUUCAGCAUCAGUUGCCAGCAUUUUAUGCUGGUGAUGAUGGCACGGGUCCAGUGCUAUAUGAACAGUCUUUGAUUCAAGGGGAUCGUCAUUCACUGGAUCGCCAUGUAUCACAAAUAUCCAACCAAGCAUUUUUACAAAAUCAAAGAACAAUGAGUGAUCGAUUUACGCGAGCCCAUACAAAACCAUUUACAGCAUAUAAUUCGAGUUGCUUUCAUGACUGGUGCCAAAUACCAGGAAACAGAAGACUGCAGUAUAUUCCUAACAGAAUUCACAGCGCCUAUGAAGAUUUUGGGAUUUUUGAUAGAGAUCGUUCUAUGCCUACUAUCUACAUGAAACAACAGAGACAGCAACAAGUUCAUCAAACUGGAAUUAAGGAAAAUACUGUGACUGUAAACCCUUUAGAAAUUCAUCUACGGAAGUCUAGUAUAAACAACCGUCGUUAUAUCAGUAAAAUAGACACCGAUAAAUCUAGUCACCAAAUGGACCAUUCUAUGCAUUCAUCUCAUUCGUUACGUCAUGACAAGUAUUCUCAGCCAAUGACAUCAUCACCAAUGACACCUUCAAUGUACUCUAUUUGCACUACUACUGUUUGUCCAAGUAAAUAUGUUUCAACACCAUUGACAAGUGCGAGUGCACUAUGGAGUCAAGUGAAAAAUCCUUUCUGUAUGAAUAAAACAUCACAUACAGGUUCAUGGCAUGAAUUCCCGAAAAGAAUCUUACGAUCCACAUAUCCUUAUUGUAUAACACAUAAUUCAAAUGGAAGAAACUUUCAGCACUUUUAUCGUCAGCAGAAGACUCCACAACAAGGACAGUUUAUGUCUAAAUAUUCAACAUUCCCAUUGAAAGUUAACCAAACAAUGAACAGAAAUGAAGUAAAAUAUUCAACACUUCCACAAGAUAAUUCAGUGUUUUUGAGGCGGCCUACUUUAGAGACUGGCUUCAAGACAUUAUUCGCACAUGAUAAUAUCAGGCAGGAUAAUAUUGAUCUUGAAGGGGAUGAAAAAUGGUUGCGUAAUACUGUGCCGUCUGACGUAAUCAAUGCAUAUCCUACUAGACAAGAUCAUUUCGAUGGAGGAGUAGACUAUGAUGACGAUGACGAUGAAGAGGAAGACGAUGUGGAUGAUUUAAAAGUCUGUGAAGAAACUGAAACUGCAAAUCAACAUCCACGUCGUAUUAGUUGGCCCCAGACUCUAUACGAGUUCAUUCCAGAAACACAUUCAGACGACCAUACUAACUCUAGCCAGACAAUGACAAAUAAUGGAGUUAAACCUUCUGUUACGGAUCCCUCACAAGCACCAUCAGAUUCCAGUGGGAAUUCAGCUGUCCCUGUAACUGCAACACCCUCAACACCAGUGAAAACUAAUGGUGAAAAUUAUUUUGCUUACUACAAUCCAUGGUACUCACUUACUCUAAUGAAUACUAUAAUUUUAACACUGGUCCUUGUUAUUUCAAUUGUCAAUUGGUUAUGGCGUGAAGAGAAACAGAAGAAGGCAGAAAGUUCCCCUUGA